AUGUCUUCUCUCGGCGACUACAGCAUCUGGAAUGGCUCGAUCGAGGAUGCGUACGCCUGCGUACACGCUUUCUUCGAACAGCACAUUCACGGAGACCCCCGUUUCAUCUAUAUCCUUGCUGGAUUUGCCACCACUUGCACCGCUCUGCGCCACUCCGUACUCUUCGAGGACCCACCUCCCUUGCGCGCUCGUCUGGAGCUUCUAAUCAAGGCCCACCAGACCGUUGAACAAGAUCUCUGGUGCUCAAUCGACGAUAUAAUCGCAGAGACCGACGCCGCCCGUUUGAAGUGGUCAAAACUCAAAGAUAACCACAUCCAGCCCCUCGCCAGCCUCUUCAGCAAUACCGAGAGCCUCACCCAUGCGGACGUAGCUCGCGCUGUUUUCGUUGUAUCCGAAUUGCGUCGUGAAGCCAAGGAAGUUUUAUCCUGCGCCGACCGAAACCCGCUACUUCACCGUGGCCCGUGCUCUCUGUGCUAUGUAGAAGAUCGACCUAGCUGGACAGCAUUGGAAAAAUCAUCUACCGAAGAAGCCUGCUACGUCUUCUUAACCUGCCCUCGUGUACGAAACGGAUCAUUGUGUACUGCACGCGAUAUCGAGCGGACGUUCAUGAAGAUCACUCAGCCGUCGACGCAUCGAGCGCCGCGGUGUUUCGUCAGCAGUCUAGGGAUCCCCCACCAGAUAACGGACGAGCGAAUCCGCCCAGAUUUUGUGUCGAUGCACGCAGUGCUGUGGAUGAUCUGCAGCUACCCAAUCAGCUCUCUAGAAGCUGCGAAACUCAAGGACGUUCUCUUCUUGUACGUGCGCAUCAAGCAUCUUGAACCCCUCCUGGAAUGCGCCAUUCGAGCCCUGGCUACGCCACAUAUUUCCGACCCUCUACCGGAUGGUAUCUCUCUUGCUCAGUUCCAUCGAAGUUUGAUAUAUACCGUUCGUGAUUGGCAUUGCCUCUACGCCAACGGUACAGGCGUCGAUCUUGAAGCACCUCCGAGCAUCAAGACUCUGAUCCAUUCCGACAUUCUGGAUCAAUGGCCUCGUCUUCGUUAUGGACUUGAGAAAGUCAUAAUACCUCUUACUCAAGGCAAAUAUGCACCUGGGCCAGGACUUCGCGCAGCCGUUCGUCACGAUCGACGAAGGACGGGAACGACUGGCUAUGACGACACCCUCUUUGAUAGGUUUGAAGAAGGUUAUGGAAAGCGCGUAAAACGUGCCACUGAAGACGCGAAGGCCUACUGGGCUCGACGAGCUCUGCCGCUUCCAGCUAAAGUCAAAUUGCACGAGGGCUAUGCAGCUGGCAUGUCUGCGUCCUCUAUCAUCUCCAAUAUUGCCGCCGAAGGCAUCCGAGCCUUCGUCUAUUUCCCCGAGAAGCUCGCAUGGGUCAUAUCUUGCAUACAAGCGCGACUCUAUGGAUGCAUCGAUUUCGAGAGCAUUGUCGUUCAUAUGUGUCGGCACGUCACCUCCAGCCCGUCCAUCCCCCGCAUGUUUUGCGAGGACUGCCAAAAUGGAGUCGAUAACGCCUUCCUGCGCGAGAGGCAGUUCACCGAGGCAAUUCCGCUGUGGGUACUCGACACCAUAGUCUCGCAGAAGGCGUCGGCUCGGCGGGUGGAGGUCACGCUCAUGUGGAUCAAGGUCGCCAACGCACUCAUGAGCAUUCGCAAUUGGAGUGGGCUGCGAAUGGUUACCCAUGCGCUCGUGUUCUUGCUGAGCGAAUACGCAUACAAACAUGUCCCUCUACCCGAUGUCUCCAUUCGCGCGAUGCGCAGACUGCACGUGCUUGUAUUCGAGAAGGCGCCGGGCACGACUCAGAGCCAUAUCGACGACCUUGAGCGUACUGUCUUUACGGGAGACAACGGCGAAGACGAGCUGAGCUUACCUUACCUCGGCCGGUUUCACGAGACUAUGCUCGAUCUUGCAUCCAACAGUGCGCGAACAUGCAAAUCCAUGUCUGCCAACGGGACAGAGGGCGACUAUACCACUAUGCGCCUAAGUGCGUAUGAAGAGAUCGUCCAAACUAUCGACUGGUACGAGGGCGUAAACAUCGGCUAUGUCUCGGCGCGAGGCGAACGGAGCGCUCAACUUGCAGAGGAGGCCUUCACGCGCAGGAAAGACGAACCCGGUGUAACAUUAUCUGGAUGCCAGACCGAACAGAGAGUUCUUGAUCGGACGCUUGAGGGCUAUGUCCGGCAAGAACUCAAGGUUGUCCGGAAGAGAUCCUCGUGUCCGGCUCAAGGACGUGAGAAGAUUGCCGCUCCAGGUCAACCGCUUCCCCAACCGCCCUUUCGUCAAGAAGCAGAAAAAGAGCGCGCCGGCGAUGAUGUUACCAUCGGGGAUCUCCUUGCUGCAAUCCAUACGCACAUUGGCGACAUCGCCGCCGAGGCGAAGAAGGAAGAAGAACCCCUCGCACCGGAACCUCCCAGCAAACGUCCGUCUUUUGUCAAGACGCUCUCUUCGCUGUUCACAACGCCCUUUGUGAUCGAGGUCGUCUGGAAGUAG